AUGAAAAGAGAAAGUGUUGUUCGACCCCCUCGGCGAAACGCGAAUACAAUCGUUGAUAGUGAGGAUGAAGAAGAGGGUACGCCCAACGGCAGCAACGAGGAUGAACCGGGGAUUCAUGUUAGUGAUGUCGUUCGAGGGGAACAUGAUGUACGAGGUAAUAAUGACGGCGAUGAAGCCAUUAAAGAGGACGAAGACGAUGAAGAGGACACACUUUCUCGAGCUACGAGCCGAAAAGUGAAGCGGGAACAGUGGUUUGAGAACGAUGAGUCCGGUGAAGAAGAGGCACAGCCCAACCCAGACGUAACAUUCCCUCGUAUUGAGGAAGACGGAGGUGAUCAACGAAGACCACGAAAGCGAGCACGAGGCAGACAAGUUCGAAUCGUUGACGAAGGCGACAGUGAUGAUGAGGAAGAGCAGAUGGAACGCUCUAUCAUAGCAGCCAAUUCCGGAUAUGCACACGAAGAUGAAGACGCUGACGAAGACGACGCCAGGGGUUCGCAGCUCCGACGGGUACAUCUUUACGACGAAGAGGACGACGAGCGACACGAAUUUGGAGAUGCUUUUCAAGAAGACGACGCCCCGGACUACCCGGAUGAGGGUGAGGGAAAUGACUUUGAAGAAGAAGAAGAUAACUACUAG